AUGACUGAUAGGAUGCAUCGGUAUGUGAUGGGGUUGGAUCAUUAUCUGGUUGAUAGUUGUAUGGUAAUGGCCUCCCAGCCAAAGAUGGAUAUUGCUCGGUUACAGGCGUAUGUCCAAAGGAUGGAAAAUCGAUACAGAGGGCGUCAGCUCGAUAGAGACUAUGACAGAGUCCAUCAUAAGAGAGCUAGGUACGCUAGCCAUCUGGGGGAAUUUCGAGGCAGGCAGCCUCACCAACAGCACAAUAGAUAUUCCUCUCAGUCAGCAAGGAGUGCACCCCCACAGUUCACUGGUAGGAGAUUUGAUAGUACCAGGUUUUCAGGAGAUGGCUGUGGUAGAGGUCGUGGUGGAGCUUCUAGUUCUAGUGGUCCUUCGAACCGCAUAUAUGCUUUGGCUACUAGACAGGAGCUGGAGGCAUUACAUAAUGUGGUUAUAGAUGAACUCCCAGGCCUUCCGCCUAAGCGAGAGAUAGAGUCCGCUAUAGACGUAUUACCAGACACUCAACUAAUAUAUAUUCCUCUUUAUAGAAUAGCACCCACAGAAUUGAAGGAGCUGAAGGAGCAAUUGAAAGAUCUAUUAGAAAAAGGCUUCAUUAGGUAUCCUCUCCCUAGGAUCAAUGAUCUAUUUGACCAGUUGCAGGGUGCUAAGUGUUUCUCGAAAAUAGACCUGUGGUCAGGUUAUCACCAAGUGCGGGUAAAAGAGGCAGACAUUCCAAAGACUACAUUCAGGACCCGAUAUAGGCAUUAUAAGUUCAGAGUGAUGUCCUUCGGGUUACCCAAUGCUCCAACAGUAUUUAUGGAUUUGAGAAACAUAAUGUUCAAGCCAUUUCUUGACCUCUUCGUGAUUGUAUUCAUUGAUGAUAUUCUGGUCUAUUCACGAUCAGAAGAGGAGCAUGAAAAUCACUUGAGAAUGGUACUUAGGGUGCUUCAGCACCAGAAAUUGCAUUCUAAGUUUUCUAAAUAUGAAUUCUGGUUCACUUUAGUAGCAUUCUUGGGGCAUAUUAUUGGUGUUGAUGGUGUACGGGUAGAUACACAGAAGAUUGAGAUGGUGAAGACUUGGCCGAGACCUAUGACACCUACUAAAGUACGUAGUUUUCUGGGGUUAAGGUCGAACACCAGAAGCCUGAAGGACUAUUAUAAUAGAUGGAGAUUCCGACUUGGAAGUAGGAGGCUGACAAAAUCAGCCCACUUUCUUCUAGUCAGGACUACAUAUUCAGCUAAGGAUUAUGCUAGGUUGUACGUGAAGGAGAUAAUGAGACUUCACAGGAUGGCACCGUAUGAAACCUUGUAUAGGAGGAAGUAUAGAUCACCUAUUGGCUGGUUUAAGGUCGGUAAGACCAAGAUGAUAGGCCCAGAUAUGAUUCAGGAGGCUGUGGAUAAAGUGAAGCUUAUUCAGGAGAGAUUAUUAGUAGCCCAGAGUUGGCAGAAAUCAUAUGCAGAUAAUUGA